UGAGGCAUCGGCAGUCAGUCCCGGCUGGGCCACCACCGGCGCAAGUCAGGUUCAACCGCCAGUCUAAAAAGUCAGUAGCAACCGACAUUCUCAAAAUGUCUCUCUCGGUAUUACGGAAUUAUGCAGUCCUGCCACUCCAAAUGGCAGGUUCAAUAUUUUUAAAUUGUGCCAUGACGAUUUUUAACAAGAUUGCGCCUGAAAAGAUGUUUCAGAGUUUUCUAAAAGAAACCGGAUUAGAACAAGACCAGAAAUACCUCGACAGUGUUCAGAACUCCGCCUGGGAUGUUGCGUUCUUCUGGCCGAGACUCAAAGCCUUUUGGUUCAGCAACAUGCAGGAGGCCAAUCUAACGGUAGAGGUGGGAAGCCCCGCCCCCAACCCGGUCCUCGUCAGGUUGAGUGACGGCGUAGAGUGUCACCUGUUGGACAUUGCCAAGGCGGGCCGGCCGCUCGUCAUCAACUUCGGCAGUUGCACAUGACCCCCGUUCAUGGCCAACCUCGAGAAGUUCCGCAAGAUAACAGCGGAAUACUCGAGUGCGGCAGACUUCAUUUUGAUCUACAUUUCGGAGGCGCAUCCCACCGACGGCUGGGCCAUCGAAGGAAACGUUUUUCAGGUCGCUAACCAUAAGAACAUGGAAGAGCGGAAGGCAGCAGCGAAACAGAUGUUGCAGAUGGAGCCUCAAGACUGUCCGGUUUUCCUAGACAAACUUGAUAACGCAGCGAACAGGCGUUUUGCUGCUCUUCCCGAGAGACUUUAUAUCGUUAACAGAGGCACCGUAGUGUACAAGGGCGGCCAGGGACCUUUCGACUACAGCCUGGAAGAAGUAGAAGACUGGCUGAAGACGCAUCAGGAGAGAACUGAAUAAGAAACCAGAAUGAAAUAAAACUGAAAAUGCGACGGAAAUGAGGAUUUUCUUAGCUCCGUCACAUUUUCACCCGUGUAUAAUCACAGUAUUUGUAUAUUUAUACAACAAUUUUUAAGAAAUGCUUAGCUCAUUGCCAAUUUAUUUUGAUAUAAAAAAUCGCCAUCUCUAUUUCGUGAUGAAUAUCUAUGAAUAUGAAUAUCGUGAUGAUUAAAACAUUUGCAACUGUCUGAAGCAUUAGUGAGCAAGUGACACGGUCCCUAAAGUAUGACGCGUUUAUCGCAACGGUUCUUGUACCAAGAUGAAUGCUGAUGGAGUGGCAUCAUGUUACUAGCUUCACUAAUCGGCCGCCUGUGUGUGUGUCAUGAUAAACUGAUAGAACUUUUACCAAAAGACGUAGAAACACCUCACUGAUCUGGAGUUCAAGAUAUCUGCAUGAUCGUUGAGCCACAAAGGGAAAUAACCAGGGCACUUCUUGAUGUUUACUCCAAUCCUGUAUUCGAGAUCAGUCCAGUGUUACUUGUUCUUAUGAUGUAGGAUGUAUACAUUUGGAACACACACACAAUUUAAUGUGUAUGUUAAACUGGAUAAUAAAGAUAAGAAUAAACAAUAGUUUUUCUUCGGAAUCUCUGAUGAAGAUAUGAUUAUAAAAGUGAACCCAUUUCUGUGAAAGAACAAAGAACAGGCAAUAUUAAUAUCAUACAGCGCUCUUCUCUAUGUAAUUAAAAGGGGAAACGAUCAUAGACAUAUUUCAACACAAUCAAACUACAAAUUACAAAAUACAACAAUAGAAGAAAAACAGAAAAUGAAAUCCCUCUUAUAGAAAAAGUAAGAAUGUAGCCAGAGUGGGAUUUUUUCCAGACUCGCGCUCCCUCGGAUGGUGUACCCGGAUUAUUGGAUGCUGUUCUGGCAAGUCCUCCAAGCUGCAAUAGAAUCGUUUACACUCGAAAAUGGAAUUUCCUGCUCUUCUAUGCCUGGCAGAAUAAUAUCAGGCUUAUAUCCUAUUUCUUUUAGAAUAGUUUUCCCCCGUACUUUUCCACAAUAAGGGGUCAUCCUUUUCUUAUAAUUUUCAGAAGCGUACACUAUGGGAGGGGGGGGGGGUUAUAAUCUCUGGCGUACGCUUUUUAGAUUAGAAAAAUAACGAUCCGGAUUAAAUUGGGAGAUCCUGCAGAACUCAUCAUUUUAUCUCUUAUCUGUGUUCACUUUUGAGGAGGAAGGAAGAGUUUUGGAGAAAAAACGAAUAAUAUGCGUUUUUCAAAUUUUAAUGCUGGCCUACAUAAUACCCUUUUUCUGUUCCAUACAAUUAGAAAACUCAAAAUACCACCCCGGUUAAUGCUUUAAGGUAUAUACAGUAACAAUAUUACUUUUACCAAUGUAAUUAUUCUAAACUAUACUUUUAUCUUCAUUUAUGAUCUGCCAAUACGUAAAUAAUUUGUAAAUGUAUAUACAGCAAUUUACAUCGUUUCUUAAUAUAUCAAUUUCCCUUAAUGUUCGUACAAACUCAGUUAUCCUCACCACCAAUUUCCCGCGAGUAAUAUCUGUGGUACAUAUUGUUCACAAAAUCAGUCCAUUCCUAUGUUGUUUUCGUUAAAUAUUCAUGUAUUCUUUAUGCUUGUGAAUUGUAAGCGUUAAAGACCAGAGUUCGAAGAGAGUCAGGAGCAGCAUACCACGAGUUCAUCAGUGCUUAUCUUGGCUGUUUACCUUUCCGACAAACACGUCAUAUAGGUGGUACCCUGACCUGACUCAAAAACUCCAUGCUUUAUCGGUUUCUAAGAUAUGAUGUAUUUGCAUUGAGAUAUAUGCACAAAUUCAAAAUGUAAUUUUGCAGUGGCAUAGGCGAUUUGACUGAUUUCCACGCCAUAGCAAUGGAAAUCCACUUUGAGAACAAUCAG